CGACAUAUCAAGCAAUCGGACAGGUCCCUUCACCUUAUAAUCAGGGAGCGCGUUUCAGCUCACUACCACCUCGUCUACGACAAAUGUACCCUGCAACAAGCCCAUCCAAACGCCGGGCGAUCAACGGCAUAGCGCGAAUAACCGCGAACGUGCUUCACGAAGCGGGUUACCGGUGCUGCUUGUUUGGGAGCGCAGCAUGUUCGAUAUACGGUAUGCGGAACAGAGACCCUCGAGACGUCGACAUGGUCGUUUUCACGUCACACGACCCCGAGGACAUCAAACGAGUAAUUGUGGAGGCUGACGGUAGAUUCUUCACCACUCCUUCACGAAAACCAGGCGAAACAUACCGGGUGCUCUGGUUCAGGCUGCCGCGACCCAGCGGGUUUCAGGGACGACGCACAUGCAAAGUCGACAUCCUCAUCACCGGGACGCUCGACCUGCCGAAUGUACCAAAAAGCAAAGUCGUGUAUACCAGAGUGCGGGGCGUGCCGUGUGUGCCUAUGAUAGUGCUCCUCGGGAUGAAGCUGCGCGGUUGGGUGGACCAUCGGAAGCAUCCCGAGCCCUACUACUCCGACAAGCAAUACGAUGACAUCAAAGACAUCGCAGAACUUUUGCACAUAGCAGUAACCGCAGGGGAGCACGUCAGCGACUAUUCGUGGUUGCGGCGCAAGUUUCGACAAGAUAUGGAGGUUAGGAUAGAAUCAUUCUGUCGGGAUGCGAGGGAGGAUACCGAGCACCUUUGGAGAGAACUUGGGUUCGACGGAGACUGGUGAUGCGUAGGACAUGUUCGUUUAGUGUUAGUAAGAAUACUUACGGUUUGUCGCUGAUUGCUGGCCAAAUAAUGGAGCACGUUCGCGUGGUUGACCUCAAAGCAAGGUCGCAGCAUGUGGGAAAG